GUGCGCAUGCGGCGUGACGUCCGCUACCGUGUGCAGACGUGAACAUCGGAAAAGCAUCAAUAAACUUUAUUGGUACCCAAAACAAGGAGGGGAAGUGCCCUGAGUGCAGGAGUGACGGCGCUGUUAUGGCGGAGCCGGCAUCUCAGGCCUCCAUGCAACCCCGGCUACAGCCAGCCCAGUCUGUCGGGACAUCUGGGUCGAAUUCGACCACGGUGUCCGCGUCCGGGAACAGUGAUCCAGCCAGGCCGGGUCUAAGUCAGCAACAGUGGGCAAGUCAAAAGAAAGCUCAAGUCCGGGCUUUUCCGAGAGCAAAAAAGCUUGAGAAACUGGGAGUUUUCUCAGCUUGCAAGGCAAACGAUGCUUGCAAGUGCAAUGGGUGGAAGAAUCCUCAUCCACCAACCGCAUCUCGGAUGGACCUUCAGCAGCAAGCGGCAAGCCUCACCGAGCCAUGUCGCAGCUGCAGCCACGCCCUGGCGGACCAUGUGUCUCACCUGGAGAACGUCUCUGAGGAGGAGAUGAACCGCCUGCUGGGGAUGGUCGUCGAUGUGGAGAACCUCUUCAUGUCUGUGCACAAGGAGGAGGACACAGACACCAAGCAGGUGUACUUUUACCUUUUCAAGUUAUUGAGGAAGUGUAUCCUUCAAAUGGGGAAGCCCAUCGUGGAAGGCUCACUGGGAAGCCCCCCUUUUGAGAAACCCAAUAUUGAGCAGGGAGUGCUGAACUUUGUGCAGUACAAGUUCAGCCACCUGCCCCCCAAGGAGCGCCAGACCAUGUUUGAGCUGAGUAAGAUGUUCUUGCUCUGCUUAAACUACUGGAAGUUGGAAACCCCAUCGCAGUACCGGCAGCGAGCCCAGAAAGAUGACGGCUCCACAUAUAAAGUGGACUACACCAGGUGGCUGUGUUACUGCCACGUCCCUCAGAGUAACGACAGCCUGCCGCGGUAUGAGACAACUCAGGUGUUUGGCCGCAGUCUCCUCAAGUCCAUCUUCACGGUCACCCGGCGGCAGCUGCUGGAGAAGUUCCGUAUGGAGAAGGACAAGUUGCCCCCAGAGAAACGGACACUCAUCCUCACCCACUUUCCUAAGUUCUUGUCCAUGCUGGAGGAGGAGAUCUACGGGGAGAACUCUCCUAUCUGGGACGCUGACUUCACCAUGCCCGCUGCAGAGGGGGCACAGCUGGGGCACCAGACAGUUUUGAGUCCUGGGGCUGUCUCUGGGUCUCCGUCAUUCACCAAGAACGUGAGCAGUGGUGCCUCUUCUCUCGGGAGCAUGGGGCUGGACGCUGCUGUAUCUGAACCAAUCACAGGAGAGAAGCGCAAGCUUCCCGAGGCGCUGACCCUUGAGGAUGCCAAGCGUAUCCGGGUCAUGGGAGACAUCCCCAUGGAGCUAGUCAAUGAGGUCAUGAUGACCAUCACUGACCCUGCUGCUAUGCUGGGGCCAGAGACCAGCCUGCUGUCGGCCAACGCGGCGCGGGAUGAGACGGCCCGUCUGGAAGAGCGCCGCGGCAUCAUCGAGUUCCACGUCAUCGGCAACUCGCUCUCCCAGAAGUCCAGCAAGAAGAUCCUCAUGUGGCUGGUGGGCCUGCAGAAUGUCUUCUCCCACCAGCUGCCCCGCAUGCCCAAAGAGUACAUCACACGGCUCGUCUUCGACCCGAAGCACAAGACACUGGCCCUGAUCAAAGAUGGCCGUGUGAUUGGAGGGAUCUGUUUCCGAAUGUUCCCCACUCAGGGAUUCACGGAGAUUGUCUUUUGUGCGGUCACCUCAAACGAGCAGGUCAAGGGAUAUGGCACUCAUCUGAUGAACCAUCUGAAGGAGUACCAUAUCAAACACGGCAUCUUGUACUUCCUCACAUAUGCGGAUGAGUACGCGAUCGGCUACUUCAAGAAACAGGGUUUUUCCAAAGACAUCAAAGUGCCCAAGAGCCGUUACCUUGGUUACAUCAAGGACUACGAGGGCGCCACCCUGAUGGAGUGCGAGCUCAAUCCCAGAAUCCCCUACACCGAGCUGUCGCACAUCAUCAAAAGGCAAAAAGAGAUCAUUAAGAAGCUGAUCGAGAGGAAGCAGAGCCAGAUCAGAAAGGUGUAUCCAGGCCUGACCUGCUUCAAGGAGGGGGUGCGGCAGAUUCCUGUGGAGAGCAUCCCUGGCAUUAGAGAGACUGGAUGGAAGCCUGCAAAAGAAAAAGGAAAGGAGCUGAAAGACCCAGACCUGCUUUACAACAUGCUGAAGAACCUCCUGGCUCAGGUGAAGACACAUCCUGAUGCUUGGCCCUUCAUGGAACCAGUAAAGAAGUCCGAGGCCCCUGAUUAUUAUGAGAUCAUCCGGUUUCCCAUUGACCUGAAGACGAUGACGGAGCGACUGAAGAACCGCUACUACGUGACCAAGAAGCUCUUCAUCGCCGACCUGCAGCGCGUCAUCACCAACUGCCGCGAGUACAACCCUCCCGACAGCGAGUACUGCAAGUGUGCCAACACCCUGGAGAAGUUCUUCUACUUCAAGCUCAAGGAGGGUGGGCUCAUCGAGAAAUGAGGAGGAGUCCCCAGAGGCUGACCUGGGGUCAGGUGGGAACAGUCAUCAGUCACUGAAGAGGGACCAGUGAGCUGCAGCACAGGAGCACUGUGCAUGACCAUGACACCACUUCAGCCACAUGUUGGCAAACACAUCAGUGUUAUUGCUCAACUCGGUCACAUACACAUGUAGAUCACCCAGUGGAUGGAGAACACACACACGCGCGCACACACAGACUGAGGCCUAAACACACACACACACUGAGGCAAAAACAAACACACACACACACACACACACACACACACACACACACACACACACAGAUGCACACAGGCUCUAGGAAGUUAAUAUAAAUGUGUUUACAUUUGCCUAUUUAAACAAGUGUAUCUUUGGGCAUAUAUGUGUAUGUGUGCAUACAUGCUAACAUGUAUGCUGUCAGACACAAGUGUAGAAAAUGUGUUAGUGGAAAGGCAGUGAAUCCAGUACUACUGUCAAAAUGGACAGGAUAGUGUGUGUGUGUGUGUGUGUGUGUGUGUGUGUGUGUGUACGUGUACGUGUACGUACAUGUGCCGGUUUCCUCCUAUACCACUCGGUAUUGUGAAAUUCUUUUUUGGUUCCGUUCUGGACUCCUGAUGCCAGGCUACUAGUGCUUCACUUCAGGGAAAGCACUGUCACCAUCUCCCUGUACUUUCACUUUCUUACUAUCUUUAGCAUUCUUGUCUUUCUGACACAUAUACACACACACAAACAAACAUGCUUACUGUAUUUUACUCAGUGGUCUUUCACACAACAACAGAAGCAUCAACAAUACACACACUGGUUGUUAGAUUAUCAGGUCAUCCUUUGCGUUUUUAUGAAUCUUUCAUUGUCAGAAGCAUGGUCUGUGUCAUACGCAAGCCGAAAGGGUUUUUCUGAGGAGGUUAACCUCUGUUGUCUUUGGAGUUUUUGGAGGUUGUCACUUGAGCACUGGACUUUUGGAGAGGGGUGUCACUUUAAUAAGAAAGGAAAAAAAUAAAACAUUCUGUAAAUGUUCUGUUUGUUACCCACAACGUUUUUUUCCUGUAUGAGGAAUUUCAGUCGGUCGAGAUGGUAGAGCUGUAAUGACAUUUCAUCCAAUGAGUGAUGUUUGUCCAAGAUGAAGACACAGGAGUUCCUGUGCUGGCUCAUGUCCAGUAUUGUUACACAAAAAUAAAGACCAAGAGUGCUUAGAUUUAUUUCUUACAUUUUUUUUUUUUUUUUUUUUUCACAUGUAGCUCCCAAGAAAUAUCCUCAUCUGUGUUGCGUGUAUUCUAUUAAAAACAUUUGUUCACCUCCCCUUUGAAUCGCAUUGGAGACAUAGCUGUUGUAACCAUUUGAAUAGGUUGUCAUGGAAAUGACAGGACGUUUUGUUCUAGUCUUGUGUUCCCUGUGGCACUUAUGAUUUCAUUUCCAGUGUCUGUGCAUUCACCUUGCUCAGUGAAAGGCCGGUUGUGUUCUAACCAGCAGAUUUUCAGUCAAGAUGCUGACACAUUUGCCGUCAGGUGGCACUGGAGUGCUGGUAGAUAAAGUAAAAUGGAACCUAUUGUUUUUGAGUAGUCUCACCAUGCCUCAUUGUUGUUAACUUCUGUACUGCAGAUGGACCAUUUUAUGAUUACAAGUCGAGCACUGAUCCUCGAAGGCCCAACAUAGUUCAUUCCAUUUCAUUAUUGGUGUUGGUCUGUUCUAGUUAUCGGUCACAAUCAUAUACUGUAGUGAGGAGAGCACAGACAGACGGACGGUAAAACCAAAAGCAUGAUUCUGAAAAUGCCUACAGCCUCCCAAAGCAAGGCGUUUCACUCACUCUUCAGUCUGUGCCUUGUUUGAAGCCUUCUUCCCACUGCUAUUUUAUAGUCAAUAAUUACUUGUCAAGUUGGGACAAUAUUAAGAUUGGGUAUUCUGCCAAAAUAUAAUUAUAUUGGUUUUGGUUUUCCUUUUGGUUUCAUUUCUGAACAUGUACUUGAAUCAUGGCUAGCUUUCAGGAAGGGUUGUGGUGGAGUUAUCAGAGUUGUUCAUUAUUUUGUCAGUUCUUCUCAUGGUCUCCUUAAAGUAUGCUGCAUUUUUACUCUGAGAACAUGGAUUAACCCUCUCGUAAAUAAAAAAAACAUUAAAAAGAAUUAGCAAAUUGGGAAAAGAAAAAUUCCUUUUUCUCAGUUACAUUUGAAAGAUGUCUGUGAAUUGCUACAGCUCGAUAUACUGUACAUCUGUUCAUUCAAAUAAAAUGUUUUUUUUUUU